GGCGGGGGCCGUUAUUAUGGCUCAUAUGCAAUUAAUGAGAACUAAGAGCAAACGAACGAGGCUGAAACCGCCUGGGAUUAAUCCAUGACUCCUGUUCGACUGGAGAAAAAAAAGUGGGCGUCGUCAUCCCAAAGGUAGAAUAGCCUCGUGGUGUCCUCUUCUUUUCUUUCUCUCUCCCCUUGCGCCUCUCUCUCCCCCUUCCCUUUCUUUUUCCUCCACUCACCUCUGCAUCUUGUUCUUCCUUCAUCCUGUUGAGGUUGUUGGCUUGGGUCUCGGUUUCGUCAUAGAUUGCUUUCUAUUCCUUUUUAUCAGUCAAUGGUUCACCCCUCCCCGCAAUUCUAUCCAACUUGACAGCCUCGCGGUCGAAUCGCUCAACCCGCCAACAUGCAAAGGGUCCAAAGACGCUUCGGAAAAUUAAUGAAAAGGUCUGCCGAUGAAAGUCAGGUCGCCGUUUUACUCAGAGAUUUUGAAGAAGCAAAUGAGCUUUUGGGAAGGAUCAUCGAAUCCGCCAGUGCCUGGCGUGAUGCCUGGGACUCGAUCUUGACGUAUCAAUCCCAAAUGGUCCAGAAAUUCGAGAUAUUAUACGCCCCCAUUAUCGGUGCCUCGGAUGACUCUGGCCCGCCAGUUGUCGAGACACCGGCCGAGACUUACGCCAGAACAUGCAAGUUGAAGGACGAAUAUGAAGAGAUGCGAAAGGAUCUCAUGCAGGAGCUCAAUGCCGUGGAGGAUCGCAUAAUUCAACCAGCUACUCAGGCCAAGGAUUACAUGGCUCCUAUGAAGAAGACCAUCAAGAAGCGAGAUGACCGAAAGGUGGACUUUGAGCGCUACCAAAGCCGUUUUGAUAAUUAUCAAAAGAAACCCAAGCGAUCAGACCGCGAUAAUGCAUCCCUUGCAAAGGCCGAGGUUGAGCUUGAAAAAGCCACCCAGGACUACAAUGCAGCAGAUGAUCAUCUUCGACGCAUCCUCCCUCCUCUCAUCGAGGCCGUAUUCUCGCUCUUCCCCCGAUUUCUAGCCGCCCAGGUCGAAAUCCAGAAUACCAUGCUAGCGAAUUGCUAUACCGCUGUGACCAAUUUCUGCCAGGAAGAGCAGUUUCCCCUCCCUGCGCCCCCGAUGGAGGAUAUUAUUGAGCAAUGGGAAUUCAAAGCCAUACCCGUACAGCAGGACGUAGAGACUUUCGGUUGCAUUGCCAAUUCCAAAAGCCGUCAAAAGUCCCAGGACGCCGGAUACCAAGCCGGAAACAACAGCAGCAGCCUCUCAGUUGGCCGGCCAUCCAGCCAGUCCAGCAGCUACCGUCGCCCAAGCAUUCAAUCCAACUACAGUCAAUCCAGCCACCGCCCACCGAGCAGUCAUUCGGGUUAUCGCCGCCCCAGCAGCGCAUACCCAUCGAGCCAACCCCCUUCGCCCGGCCGAAGCCGAAGCCCUGCCCCGCCAGUGCCUGUGCUCUCAUCGAAGCCUCAAAUCAACCAGAUCCCUCCCCCCUCCGCCAACCUAACAGUCCCCGGUGCCGGCAGCACCUUCAGCUCCCCGCAAACACCCACCGCAUCAUCACCAGGGGAAUCACUCGCCUCAGCCUCCCGAUCAGACUACUUCAGCCGCAGCCGCCAACCAUCCGUCAGCUCUGCCGUCUCCCAAGAACUAAGCUCAGUGCUAGCCACCAAGAAGAAACCACCACCGCCUCCCCCGUCCAAGCCUGCAUCUCUCAGCCCCGCCCUGUUCGUUACCGCCAUGUAUGAUUUCCCCGGCGAGGGUGCUGGAGACCUGGCUUUCCGAGAGGGUGAUCGGAUCCGCGUGUUGAAGAAGACAGACAGUACUGACGAUUGGUGGGAGGGUCAACUCCGGGGUGUCAAGGGGAGCUUUCCGGCUAAUUAUGUGGAAUAAAGUGAAAUAAAGAGAUGGUUGUAUUUGGACAAGCUUGAUAGAGAGCUAUAACUAUAGAGGUUUAAUCUUAAUGCCAACUUUAUAUCUCAAUGCGAUUGUAGAUAAUUCCUGCUUGCUGGUUAAUUAUGCAAGCGAAAUGGGUCAGU